AUGGGUCUUUGCAUGUCGUUCCCACGUCACCAUCGCCACCCACCAAUGAUGAUGGGGGGCUUCGGCCCACCUCCCCGACGGCACCACAGAGGAAUGGGAAUGGGAGGUGGAUAUGGAUACGGUGGUGGAUGGGGUGGACCACCUGGUGGUUAUGGUUACGGUCCGGGUCCGGGGUUCGGAGGAGGUCGUCGAUCAGGCUUUGGUCCGGGAGGCGGGCGCAGAGGUCGACGUUGUUAA